AUGAAAUCAAAUGAUUCAAUAUUAAAAACUGUUUUAUUAUUACAUUCCUAAGUUUAAGAUGAGACAUUUAGGUAAAUAUCCCAAAAGGGUAAAGAAUUGAGUUAUGAAUUUAGGUAAAGAGAUGGGUAAAGGAAUGAAGAUGGUUCAGAAAAAAGGACAUUUGUAUUAUAAUGUAUGUAAUAAAAGUGAAUUGAAAAAUGUGACGAACUAGACAAUGAGCGUUAUAAUAUAUUUAUUAAGUGUAGACAGUAUUCUUGA